UUACUCUUUCAAUCUACUCCUCUCAUUUUGUAUGUGUCGGUGUGUUUGAGUGUGUUUGCCUUCUGCUUUAUGUAAUUGCAGUGUGUUUUUCUUCUCUGCAUCCAUUCGCUCGCCCAUCGAUUUUAGUGCUUGGUGGUUUUCGGUGAGCGUAAAGUGUUCUCUCGGUCUUCCGGUAUUUAACACUUCUUUGCCUGCGACUUGGCCUCGCAGGAAUGGGAGGUAAACUGCAUGAGAUGCUGGUCACCCUGAAAAGGGAUUCCCCGACGGAGCAAUGGGGUUUCAGCUUGGUGGGUGGGUCCGAUGUUAACGCCCCUUUGAUCGUGACAAGAGUUGGAUUCCAUUCGCCUGCUGAUGGCGUCCUUCAGAGGGGCGACAUAAUCACCAAAGUCGGCAAUUACGAUUCCAGGGACAUCAGGCACGAGGAUGCUCAAAACCUCUUCAGCAACGCCGGAAACACCGUGCGUGUUGUAGUUCAGAGGGACGCUUCGGCGGCAAGGAACAGGGCGGCUCCCGGAAGUGCCGGCUCCUCCCAUCACACUUACAGCCCUCUGUCGGUGUCACCGCACCUAUCGCCGAGGGGCACCACCGGUGCCAGUCCCUACAGCCCGGGGGCGCCGGCCCUGCAGCCUUAUUACUCCCUGCCCUUCACUCCGCUGGACCACUUCCAUUACAGUGUUGAUGAGCAGUUCCCGACGCCCAAGAAGGACACCGACGGUGACAUCCACGUCGUCAAUCAGCCGUACCGCACCACACCCCUUGUGUUGCCCGGGGCGAAGGUGAAAAAGGACGUUGGCCACACCGAAAGCUACCUCCGUCACCACCCCAAUCCCAACGUGAGGGCGCCACCAUCGCACCAUAUCAUCGAUCAUGACCAAUAUUUCAGGCAUAAGGUUGCCAAAUCUGUUUUGGAAAGAAUACAGAACGAGGAUCCCAACAAGCAGAUCGUCCACAAGCAAUUCAACUCGCCCAUAAAUCUAUACAGCGAACCGAACAUCGCGGACACCGUUUACAAACAGGCUGGAAUUCCUGCCGCUCGCAAAAUUCCAACGAAAUACAAUCCCGAGGAUAGCGAAACCUACAAAGCCGUCCGCGAAGAAUCCUACGGAGGCGUCAUGCAGGAGGUCUCCUCCCCUGCACAAACCAGGAUUUUCGCUCCAAACAGGGUUCCACCAGCAAAGAAACCUGGCCCAGUAUACUCUCUGCCACAAAAGCAGACAAAUCCAUUGGGUGAAUCCGAGGAGAUCCAUCAAAGCGGUUCCUUCAAGAGGCUCAUGUGGAGCGUCAUGGAUGAGAGCAAUUUCUAAGCACCGCUUUGAGCAAAAACGCAACAAAAACAUACAAAAAAAAA